CGUGCUCGUGGGCGCGGGGCACCUGAUCAAGAUCAGUUGUGUGGGGUCGUGUAGAUCACUCUACGCCGGUGACUACUACACUAGCGACACCCAGUACAGUCCCCUACCCAUACGCUGGAUGAGCUGGGAGGCUCUGUUCCUGGGUCACUUCAGUAGCCGGAGCGACGUGUGGUCCUUCGGGGUGACGCUGUGGGAGAUGCUGACCCUGGGCCGCCAGCAGCCCUACGAGCGCCUGUCUGACGAAGGCGUUAUCGAGAACCUUGCUCAUUUCUACCACGACGACGGCGCGGAGAUGUUCCCUAGCCAGCCUGCCUUGUGCCCUAAGGAGAUCUACGACCUGAUGCAGGAGUGCUGGAGACGGAACGAGGGCGACCGACCCAACUUCCGGGACAUCCACGUGUUCCUCCAGCGCAAGAACCACGGCUACACCCCCGAGGCGUGAAGGAUGAGGUGGAUGACUCUGUACGGCAAGGAUAACGAAGUGAUUGUCACCAGAAUCGGAUAAAGACCAGAGAGAGAGAUAAAAAAAAGAGUUUUACGAGAGCUUAUGUGUGUAUGUGGUGGUGGUGGUGGUGGUGGAAAGACCUAUAAUGAGGAUAUCGAUUUUUCCAACUGGGAAUAGCGGCGAAAUAAAACUGUUGGGUGAGGGGGGGAAUUUAUGAAACGUUUGUGGAUGCUACGGGUGUUCGUGUGGUCCCGCCCAAACAGACAACAGAGGGGAUACUAUGGACUUCAAUACUUCCUUGAGUAGACCCAUUUUUUAAUUCUGGGUUAUGGAAAUGACUGGAGAUGAGUAUGGGAUUCGAAAUAGCGUUCUGUAAUCGCUUGAAAGUGCUGACAAAAUCUGGAUACAGUAGUGUAUGAGACCUAUUUUUAUGUGAUGAAUGUUUUUUUUCAAUUGCACUGAGGAACGGCUGAAGCCAUUUCGACAUCAGUUGCAGUACCACUGGUGAAAUAUAUAUAUAUAUAUAUAUGUUCCAGUACAAUAGGUUUACAAGCAACAGUGCCACUGAGAUAAUAAGAAAUAUCAGGUAUAAGUAUCGGAUAUCAGGUGUAGUAACAUUAUAGUGAUGAUAAUGAUUGUAGAAGAAAUGGUUAUUAGCUUCUUGUUGCUGAGAAUGACGCGGUGGAGCCCCUCAAAUGGUGUCACUGUUACUGCACCGUACCUGGCCGUGACAAGGCAGUUUCACUGACCAAACAGUGCCCUCGAUGCAGGAGGACCAGUGCCACAGUACCAGUGGAAGGGCAAUCAUAGUGACAAUACAGAAUCAAUGACAUGACACUACAAGUAACGUGACAGUACUAUUAACAUAACAAAACAAAUAACAUGACAAUACAAGUAUUAUAGAACUAGUAACAAAGACUAAUGACAACAAUUAAUCAGUCUCAGCAAUAGAGGCAGCGCUUGAGAUGGAAAACAAAUCAAAAUAGUGCUAAUACGACCCCCUGUACUAAGAAGCUCCAGAAUAGUGUAACUCGCUCAGGAACAGUGUGUUUUGUGCCCCCCCCCCUCUCCUGCCAUCCACCAUACUCCACCAUACUUUCGCCAUACAGUAGGCCGUGUGCUCUACUCCACCUCCCACCCCAUAGUGUGAGGAAAUAGUGUGUGUAUAUAUUUAUACACACAACACACACACACACACACACGGAGCUCUGAGGUCAUCCGCCGAAAUCCAAAAAUGAUAUAUGACAACUGAUGGAAAUUAUGAGACCAAUAACCAAAAAAUAUAUAUGUCAAAUUAAUUGUUAAAAAAAAAACAGCACGAAUCAAAGAAACGUUUUUAUCAUUAUAUAGAUUGUGCACCCGCUGGCCGCCACCAGGGAUGUGUACCACCACAUCCCUGGUGUAGUGAUGAUGUGUACUCAUCUUGUGGUGGCCAGCACAAGAUGAGAAUGAGGAUGUUGAUGAAUGAUGUUAAAAACCAUUAUAAAUUUUUGUCGCCAAUGCCUUUCCUCUCUCUCCCAGUGAGAGUGUUUGAGGUGUUCUCUGUUUACUGUGUGUGGCCAGACUCGAUACUUUCCUAUACCUGCCAAAAAUAACCCCCUAAAAAAAUACUUGAAGGAUCAUUUGUUUUUGUUAGUGUUGUGAUGGUGUAUAUUAUGUAUGCGUGUAUGACGACGUGGGUCUUACAUCUCUCUGAUGAUAAUUAAGUGGGCUUCUUUAGUGUCUUACCGAUUAGCCGAUAAACAUUGGUCGAAAAGCGCCCAAAAUUAAGGAAGGAAUUCAAUUGAAAAGGGAACAAGUUUUGGCGUAAUUCUCUCUCUUUUCUCUGUUGUGUGUCUGGUGUUUGGGCAGCUCGCCCACAGAGAGAGGGACGCCCACAGAGAGAGGGACGCCCACAGAGAGAGGGACGCCCACAGAGAGAGAGACGCCCACAGAGAGAGAGAGACGCCCACAGAGAGAGGGACGCCCACAGAGAGAGGGACGCCCACAGAGAGAGGGACGCCCACAGAGAGAGGGACGCUAGUGUCCGGUGUUUGGACACCACACUCCCGGACAGAGGGGCCCACACAACCAGCUGGACCCACUGAUGGAUGUGUUCCAAAGAGAUGUUCCUUAACAACACCUUCUUGCCUGCACCGUUGGGGGGUAUACUCCCCGACGCAGGAGGUCGUGGAUGGGGGGCGGCCCCUCGACGUUGGAGGCGAAGGGAAGUCUGGCGCCUCGGAGAACACACACAUACCCAGGUUACGAAGGGCAUUUGCAGGUUACGGGUUAUUCAUGCCCGUGCCACCUCUUGGCUGGCUUAAUCUUCAUCAAUCAAUCAACAUUGCAGGGUAUAGCGCAAGUCUCGCGUCCAUAAUCACGCGCCGUUGUGAGGUAGGACGAAUCGCUUCUCACCCGACUUUGCUAUAUAUUUAAAAAAUUAAAAAAGAUAUUUAUUUUCUACAGUUUCUUCCAUCAGUUUUACCCUUCUCCCCAAAACCUUAUACAUAUAUAUAUACUUUCCACCAUUGUGUAAAAAAAAUAUAUAUUUAACCAUCACAUUUUGUGGUUAUGAGAACUGGAAAGAAUUACCUCAACGCUUUAGUUUAUUAGCAAGAGCUAACGACGUCGAAGGUUCAAUCAGGUGGGUGAUCCUCGGGCUGCUUCCACCUCACUGGGGAAGAAUAUUUAGGCGUAAAUAUUUCGUAUAAUCGGGCUCACCAUAGCCCGUGCUACAUGGACACUUCGUUCUGAGUAGCUAAUUCUAAAACGAAACGAAACAUAUAAUCAUUGUCGUUUGGGUUUUAUAAAUAUUGUGAGAGAUACCUUCUGUUUUUUCUUUUUUUUAGUUUGUGGUUGAUUAUUACACAUGUGUGUGGUUGAUUGAGGAUUUUGGCCCGUGUUGACCUUUGCACAUGUGGACUGGAGAACUGUGUUGAUCUGUGCACAUGUGGACUGGAGAACUGUGUUGAUCUGUGCACAUGUGGACUGGGGAACUGUGUUGACCUGUGCACAUGUGGACUGGGGAACUGUGUUGAUCGGUGCACAUUUGGGCUGAAGAACUGUGUUGAUCUGUGCACAUGUGGACUGGGGAACUGUGUUGAUCUGUGCACAUGUGGACUGGGGAACUGUGUUGCCUGUGCACAUGUGGACUUGGGAACUGUGUUGACCUGUGCACAUGUGGACUGGGGAACUGUGUUGACCUGUGCACAUGUGGACUGGAAACUGUGUUGACCUGUGCACAUGUGGACUGGGGAACUGUGUUGCCUGUGCACAUGUGGACUGGAGAACUGUGUUGAUCUGUGCACAUGUGGACUGGAGAACUGUGUUGAUCUGUGCUCAUGUGGACUGGGGAACUGUGGUGAUCUGUGCACAUGUGGACUGGGGAACUGUGUUGACCUGUGCACAUGUGGACUGGGGAACUGUGUUGACCUGUGCACAUGUGGACUGGAGAACUGUGUUGACCUGUGCACAUGUGGACUGGAGAACUGUGUUGAUCUGUGCACAUGUGGACUGGAGAACUGUGUUGAUCUGUGCUCAUGUGGACUGGGGAACUGUGGUGACCUGUGCACAUGAGGACUGGAGAACUGUGUUGACCUGUGCACAUGUGGACUGGGGAACUGUGUUGACCUGUGCACAUGUGGACUGGGGAACUGUGUUGACCUGUGCACAUGUGGACUGGAGAACUGUGUUGACCUGUGCACAUGUGGACUGGAGAACUGUGUUGAUCUGUGCACAUGUGGACUGGAGAACUGUGUUGAUCUGUGCUCAUGUGGACUGGGGAACUGUGUUGACCUGUGCACAUGUGGACUGGGGAACUGUGUUGACCUGUGCACAUGUGGACUGGAGAACUGUGUUGACCUGUGCACAUGUGUACGGGAGAAGUGAGUUAUCAUAAUUAUAUGAACAAGACCCUUCCAAUUACAGGUAAUAGGGGAAUCUAUAAUUAGUUCUUUUCUUUCGUUCCAUUUUGUACUAAGUUUACUUAUAACGUGGUUCACUGAUAAUGAGAUUUGUUAUAGUCUUACGUCUGGCAGGGAAGAUACAAACAAUUGCCGUUCGAGAUGCACUCAACUGUACUACCAGAAAGUUUAAUAGCUCAAUUUUGACCUCUGGUUUCCACUGGAGAACCCAGGGUCGUAACAGAGUCUCAUAACAAGAAUCUACAUUACCAGGGGUUCAACCGUAAACGAUUUACGUUAAUAAGGUUCAGCUAUAAUUAGCGUUCGCCAUUAACACCAAGUCACCUGUAAUUGUGUUCAGUGUUAGCAGACUUCACCUGUAAUGCAGAUAACGUAUCUGAGCAUCUAAGAUCUCAAAUUUCAACUCCAAAGUCACACAGAAUCAAAAUAAAAAACAAACAUUUCUCCACAAUUCAUUUAUGAAACAAAUCAA